AGGCGGGCUGGUGAAGGUUUGUGGCGGGGGCAAGAUGGCGGCGCCUUUGAGGAUUCAGAGCGACUGGGCUCAAGCCCUCAGGAAGGAUGAAGGAGAGGCUUGGCUGAGUUGUCACCCCCCAGGGAAACCAACUUUAUAUGGCAGCCUAACUUGUCAAGGAAUUGGCCUUGAUGGCAUCCCAGAGGUCACAGCUUCAGAAGGCUUUAUUGUGAAUGAAAUAAACAAGAAAAGCAUUCAUAUUUCAUGUCCAAAGGAAAAUUCAUCUUCGAAGUUUUUGGCACCAUACACUACUUUUUCCAGAAUUCAUGCAAAGAGUAUAACAUGCCUGGACAUUUCCAGUGGUGGAGGCCUUGGUGUGUCUUCUAGUGCUGAUGGGACCAUGAAGAUCUGGCAGGCUUCCAAUGGAGAGCUCCGAAGAGUAUUGGAAGGACAUGUGUUUGAUGUGAAUUGUUGCAGGUUUUUCCCAUCAGGCCUUGUGGUUCUGAGUGGGGGAAUGGAUGCCCAGUUGAAGAUCUGGUCAGCUGAAGAUGCUAGCUGCGUGGUAACCUUCAAAGGUCACAAAGGAGGUAUCCUUGAUACAGCCAUUGUUGAUCGGGGGAGGAAUGUGGUAUCUGGUUCUCGAGACGGGACAGUGCGACUUUGGGAUUGCGGCCGCUCAGCCUGUCUGGGAGUCAUUGCAGACUGUGGUUCUUCCAUCAAUGGAGUGGCUGUAGGUGCUGCUGACAACUCCAUAAACCUUGGCUCCCCUGAGCAAAUGCCUAGUGAACGGGAGGUUGGAACAGAAUCGAAAAUGCUGCUGUUGGCCCGAGAAGAUAAGAAGCUUCAGUGCUUGGGACUACAGAGCAGGCAGCCGGUAUUCCUCUUUAUUGGCUCAGAUGCCUUCAACUGCUGUACUUUUCUCUCUGGCUUCUUGCUAUUGGCUGGGACACAAGAUGGAAAUAUUUAUCAGCUGGACGUGAGGAGUCCAAGGGUUCCAGUACAAGUCAUCCACAGAUCAGGAGCACGUGUUCUCUCUGUGCUGAAUUUCAGAGACGGAUUCAUUGCUAGCCAAGGUGAUGGAAGCUGUUUCAUUGUCCAGCAGGACUUAGACUAUGUCAUUGAGCUCACUGGGACUGACUGUGACCCUGUAUAUAAGGUAGCCACAUGGGAGAAGCAGAUAUACACAUGUUGUCGAGAUGGUCUUGUGCGACGCUAUCAGCUCUCUGACCUCUGAUUCCUUGGAAAGAAGAGUCCCAGUUAAUGAAAAACAUUGACUCUGAUCAACAAUGAGCAAAAGCAUCAUCAUUCUUUCCCAAGGACCAUGACCCUUUAUUGUCUUGGGCACGCUUCGGAAGUCACAGAAAGUCAGCUACAUAGGCGAUGUUGCUAUUCCAUGACAAGACUUACUUUGAAUUGAGUAAGAAGGUUUUGUGUGCUCACUGCAUUUGCCCCAACUUCUUGUAUAAACACCCCAGCAACACAGGGCAAAGUUAUGAAUUGCUUACAGUUUGAUCUUACACCUGUUGUGUUAAAAGUUUACAAGGACCAGAGGACGAAAACCUGUUCUCUGAAGGAAAUAAAGAGAAUAUGUUUGGAGGAGUGUGAAUUUGAAAAA